CACGGUGAUCAAGCAGAAGCGCAAAUUUGGCUCUUUGCCGAUUACGAGUUGGACUGGGAUCAUAAUAACAAGGAUGAGGCAUUAUCAAAAUAUCUUCCCCCGAUGCUUGGUUCUGGAGAUAAUGUGGUGAAACCAAAAAAUCAUGGACGAAUGAAUAUAGUGUCUCACAUUAAUAUAACUACGAACGACUCCACGCAAAAGACUUCGAUCCAGAAAGAUAGUCGGAUCGAGAUGGAAAAAUUUAUACAAGAAUUGUAUUUAGAACCUGUCUCAGAGGAAACAAUCGAAGUUAUCAGUAGAAGUAAAGAGCCAGAUACACAAAUUCGCUCUGAAAAUGACAAGCAUGUAGCCAUCGAAUUGGCUCAUUUGUAUCAAAAAGCAAGGAAGGCCAAAAAGAAUACUGUACAUGCUAAACAAGAAGAGAUUCUAAGUUGGUAUUAUUAUGCGAAAGGUUUCGAAAAGAGGGUUGAUGAUAUCUUAUCUAUUUGCCGGAAUGAUAAAAGAGCAGACGACUUGGCAAUAAUUCAAGUUUAUGAUGAAAUCUGGGAUUGUCUUUCUGGCAUCUCACAGCUUACCAAAACUCAGGAAAAGACACCAAUUCCAAAUAAGAUUUAUCAGCCAGAGGCUAGCUUGCGCCAAUAUGCCAUAGAACAUAAAAUGAAUCCCAAAGAAUUUUCAAUCAUUACUGAAGCUGAGAAAUAUAAAUGA